AUGACGAACACUAUCGAAAUAUCUAAUGAUGAUGAUUCUAUCGGGAUAAAUGCUUUACAAAAAAGCAUUAUUGAAUCUGUGGCACAUUUCUCUUGGCUUAGACAAUUUCAAGUUGAAGAUAACUUUAUUAAAGAAAAGAUUGAUCAAAUUUCAACUCAGCGUACAGCAUUUCGAGCUUUUUCCGAAAGCUCAAUAAAACAAAGUUAUGUAAUUUCUUCUCUUGCCGAUGACUUGAUUGUAUUCUCUGACAACUGUCAAGAUACAACUAUUGGUACUGAUGAUUUAUUGGAUUAUUUAAGAGAGUUAUUAAAUGAGGCUAAUAUUAACAAGGAGAAAUCUGAAUCAUUAAAAGCGGAUUCAGUCACGAAGGGAUUCGGACUUACUCUAGGCGCACUUAUUUUAGGAACAGCUGCUGCUGGUUUAACGGGCGGGACUAGCACAAUUUUAUUUCGUGCUAUUGCAGGCUCCACAGGUGUCACUGGAAUCCUUACAGCGAUUUCGGGUAUUAACUAUGUAAGACUCGAUUAUCAAUUGAAGAGUAAUAGAUGUACCAUAUCUGAUCAUUUAAAAUCUAUGUUGAGUGGUCUUUCAAGUGUUAUGGACCUUUUGAGUAUAGUCGAUUCUUAUUGGACCCUGCAGAUUAAUACCAUUCAAUGUAUUAUUCUCAGACUGGAAAACAAUAAUAAAGUUGGAAAGCGCAUUAACAAACUUGAAGCGAAAUCAAUUGCCUCAAAGUCAAAAGCAGUACGUAAGGAUGCAUUAGAUUUUACCGUUAAUAUUCAAGCUGUUUUGAAUCGAGAUGCGAUGAUUACGGUAAAGAUAAUACAUAAACGACUUGUCAUUUAUUAG